UCCUCCUCAUAGUGUUAUAUGACUGUUCCCUCCCAUCCAUCCCUAUGAGGACACAUGUCCGCUCCUCUGUGACCUCAUUCCGCAGUCACAGCCACAUUCAUUUACACACGUACGCACACCAAUACACGGCCUACAGCACCACCUGCUGGCGGAUGAUCGUAAUUACAACCACAGCCAUGAACCAGCUGCCCGUAACAAAGAUGGCGGCUGCUCUGUUGGUGUGACGCCGGAUAAUGACGUAGCGGAGAGCGACUACAGGAAGAAAGUGAAGCAGGUGGAGGAGAAAGAAGCUUAAGAUCGGCGGUGACCUGGCGGUGCAGGGACAAAGGACUUUUGGAGGAUGACCCACAUCGGAGCAGUAGCCGCCAUUGCGGUGGCUUUGACUGCUGCAGCCCUGCUUUCAGCCAUACACAAGAUAGAGGAAGGACACAUCGGGGUCUACUAUAGGGGUGGAGCGCUGCUCACUUCAACAAGUGGACCUGGCUUCCAUUUAAUGCUCCCGUUCAUAACCUCCUUCAAGUCUGUACAGAGCACAUUACAGACAGACGAGGUGAAGAAUGUCCCAUGCGGCACAAGCGGUGGUGUCAUGAUAUAUUUUGAUCGGAUAGAAGUGGUCAAUUUCCUCAUCUCUAGUGCAGUGUAUGAUAUAGUGAAGAACUUUACUGCAGAUUAUGAUAAGGCACUGAUCUUCAAUAAGAUCCACCAUGAGCUCAACCAGUUCUGCAGCGUCCACACACUACAGGAGGUCUAUAUAGAACUCUUUGAUCAGAUAGAUGAGAACCUCAAGCUGGCGCUUCAGCAAGACCUCAAUGAGAUGGCGCCAGGAUUGAUUAUCCAGGCUGUCCGAGUCACAAAGCCAAAUAUCCCAGAAACAAUCCGCAGAAACUAUGAGCUCAUGGAGAGUGAGAAGACCAAGCUCCUCAUUGCUGCACAGAAACAGAAGGUGGUGGAAAAGGAAGCGGAAACUGAGAGGAAAAAGGCUGUGAUCGAGGCAGAGAAAGUGGCCCAAGUUGCAGAAAUUAAAUUUGGACAGAAGAUUAUGGAGAAGGAAACAGAGAAGAAGAUUUCUGAGAUUGAAGAUUUUGCUUUUCUGGCUAGAGAGAAGGCGAAGGCCGAUGCAGAAUUUUACACAGCGCAGAGAUUAGCAGAUGCCAAUAAGGUAAAAUUAACCCCUGAAUACCUCCAGCUUAUGAAAUACCAAGCAAUCGCUGCCAACAGUAAGAUCUAUUUCGGGAAUGAAAUCCCCAACAUGUUUAUGGACAGCACCACAAACACCCACACCCAUUCGGGUGACCUACACUUGGAAGACCCCCUUCAUCUUAAAGACUCUGUUUUACCAUCAGAUGAAGCUGAAUCGUGAGGAUAUUAGAAAUCUGUUUUUACAAAAAAAAAAAAAAUAGAAGAAAAAUGAUAGAAA